AUGGACGACGUCGUCGAUCAGCUGUUUCCCGCCGCUUACCACCAUCUUCACUUCGACAGACAACACCAGCAGCACCCGCAACAGAACCAGCACAGCAACCACCACCACCAGAACCAGCAGUUCCACCCGCAUCAGAUCUACUACUCAAACUUGCCCUCCAGGAAUCCCUCGCCAGGCCCCUCGACGUCCUCCACGCCCAACCCCCGCUCGCCAGACAACAAUCUCUUCAUCCCCAUCACUUCCCCGCCCACCGCCGCAAAUGACACAGAGAGGCCCCCAGACGAGGCCCCCAUAGACGACGAGCCCCUCUACGUCAAUGCAAAGCAGUAUUUUCGCAUUCUCAAGCGCAGAGUCGCCCGCGCUCGGCUGGAGGAGGUCCACAGGCUGUCUAGACAGCGCAAGCCCUACCUGCACGAGUCGCGCCACAAACACGCCAUGCGGAGGCCCAGAGGCCCAGGCGGCCGUUUUUUGACUGCCGAGGAAAUUGCUGCCCAAAAAGCAGCGGGCAUCGACCCUACUGCCCCGCCCGCUUCCACAGCUAACGGGGAGGCUGAGGAGGACGGCGAAGAGGAUGUAGCCAUGGAACCGGCUCCCCAGCCACAACCGGCACAAGCCCAUCGGCCCCCUCCCCCACCACCGCCAAUGAUCGCCCCCCAGCCCGCGCAGCCACCACCAAUGAACAUGCAGCCAGCGAUGCACCAACACGAACACGAUUCGUUCGCACAUCAACGUUCUGGGCCCAUGAAUAUGAUGGGUAUGCCGUUUGGCCAGCCGAUUGCACCCACGCAGAUGUCACACCAACCUGCUGGUCCUUCCCCCCUUCACCAACAACAGCAGGCGCCCCAGCAGCGGACCCACCACGCCCCUCACCGUCAUACCGGACAAGUCCCCCAAGCCGCGCCGUCACAUGGCUCAUACCCUCCAUUCAAUCCAGGACAGAAGGGUACUACCAAUUCGGCUCCAAUCACUUUGACCGCGCCCUACCAGCAAAUGCAUCACGUCCCCCACCCACAUGCUCAUGCGAGACACCACCACUCCCACCUAAACUAUGCCCAAGGAUUGUACACAGGUGCUUCCGGAGUGGAAGGAAGCAUGCAGCGGCGACCAGAAGAGACGUUGCAAUUCGGUGCCUCACAGGGAGUUCCGGGUGGCUCGACAGAAUAG